AUGUUCUUCACACCUAUUGCGCUACUUAUCGUAGCUAACCCUGUCUUUGGUGGCACCCUUGUUCAAUCUGACUUUUCUUCCUCUCUCGGCCCGUUUUCCAUCUGCAAUGCCAAAUCACCAUCCGCUGGCACAAUCUCUCAUAAGGCCUUGUCAAUGUACUUCGACGAGAAUGAUUAUGAUGGUACUCGUGAUGACAGAGGGGUUGAGAUUUGUGUUUUCAAGCCUGAGACUAGGUCCAAUGUCCCUCAGAUGCAUAAGGAAGGCUGGCAAGGUUUUCGACUCUACGUGCCAUCCCGUGGCUUUCCGCAUGACAAAAGCACGGUGAUCGCUCAGCAAUUCUGUCCUACCCGUUGCAUAUCAUGGUGUGGAACUCUGGAGAUCAUUGAUAACUCAGUAGUCGUGAACCAUCGCUCGACUUGCGGAACUCCGGUGACUACAACCAUCAUUCAUAGAUUGAAGCGCAACAGUUGGCAUGAUGUCGUCAUCCGGAUGAGAGUAUCUGCCGAGAAAGACGGCGCAUAUGAAGUUUGGUGGAACAAAAGAAAGAUUUACUCCUCUGUUGGGAUCGACGUUGGCUUUGGUACCUGGACGAAGGAUACCCUUGUCGAAGGCUGGUAUUUCAAAAACGGAAUAUACGCUCAUGACUGGGAGUCCUACACGAACACCACCCGUACCUUGUACUUAGAUGAUGUCAAAUGGUACGAAACGGAUGUCGGAGAAUCGGAUGGUUACAGAACCGUCGCCCCUCAUAGCCAUAAGAUAUGGACAUAG